AUGGCCUAAAAUACAACAAGUGGACCUAUGCAAAAGUUUAAAAUUGUCUUCUUAGGUAAUCAAUCAGUUGGAAAGACAUCAAUAAUUAAUCGAUUUAUAUUUGACAAUUUCACAGGCAAUGAAUAGCCUACUGUUGGCAUUGAUUUCAUUUCUAAGACACUUCAAGUUGAUAACAAAUCAGUCAGAUUGUAAUUAUGGGAUACUGCAGGAUAGGAGAGAUUCAGAUCUCUUAUUCCUAGUUAUAUAAGAGAUUCCCAAGCCGCCAUUAUAUGCUACGAUAUCACAAACGAGAAAUCCUUUUAAGAUUUGUAAAAAUGGAUUGAAGAUGUGAAAGAUGAAAGAGGAGAUGAAGUUUUAAUUUAUAUUUUGGGAAAUAAGAUAGAUCUAGAUCAAGAGAGGGUAAUUCAAACUGAUGUCGGUGAAGCAAAAGCCAAAGAAUUAGGAGCCUCAUUUUCAGAAGUUUCAGCUAAAAGUGCCCACAAUGUUUCAGAAUUCUUCAAAAAACUAUCCUAUGAUUUACAAGGAAACCCAAACGAAUAGCAAUAGUAACAGCAACCUUUACCACAAAAGGUUCCAUCAUAGCAAUAAUAGCCGAAUCAACCCAUAUAAAUAAAACCAAAUGAAUCAGCAGAUGAUAAAAAACAAGGAAGCGGAUGUUGUUGAACAUUAAUUUAUAUAAUUUUAUUGUUCUGCACAAAUAUUAACCUAUUUAUUAUUAGAAUUA